UACUGUUCUUCGAUUCUCUCUGCGAGUUUGUACUUUACUUUGUCGAUGAGGAAGUAAUCAUUUUCAGGCCUGGAGCCGCCACACGAACUCUACAAUAGAAACUUCCUUAGUCGAUCUACCAGCUCCAUUACAUCUGGUGACGGCCGGAUCCUUAUCCUAAGCUUUUAAUGAUAACAUGGAAGUUUCAGAAAUUACUGAUUUGGAGCAACGGUUUAAUGCAGAGCGCGACCAUUUUCCGCCCCUUUGCAUUGUUACCAGUUAUGAACAACCACAUUGCGGUAAUAUAUGGUCUUCGGCAGAACAACCAAAUCCUUUUGUGUUAGCCAGGGUUACACUUUUGGCUAGACAAUGCUUAGAUUAUUUGGAAAGAUCUUUAAUAUCCCCCGCGCAAUUCAUUAAGCCGUCCAGACUAUUUACGCCCUGUGGAGCAAUUAAGGAACGCUUUUUCAAUUCGCUGUGCUUACUUCAAUAGCAGCUAUCACUGCUGAUGA